AUGACGCCGCAUCAGAUCAUCCUGCUGUGCUCCCUGGCUUUGCCGGCUUGGGCUGGAAUCACCGUGCCAGUGCACGAGCGUCAGUGCGAUGGGGCGGCAUGGGUAUGCCGAAUCGUCUGCAGUCAAGGUAUGCUCGGAGGCAAAGGCCAGAAAGCAAACUGGUGCGUCGCGAAGCAUUGCACCAGGCAAAAAGCCGUUGCCGAGAGCAUGAUUGCGGCCGGCCAGGACUAUUGCUCCAAGAACACUUGCUUCAUCCAGGAGACCGAAGCGAUCGGCUUGUUGCAGAGGCCCCAGCAAGGCCGACUUGCUUUAACCCAAGUCAAUGCCACGACCGAUUGCCUUGACGAGAAAGCAGUCUGUGGCAAGUUCUGCGAUGGACUGAACUCGCCCAAAGACUUCUGCAUGCCCAAGUGCUUGGACAAUGUGCAUGCCAUCGCAGAUGCCAUGAAGGAGUACUGUGAUGAAUGUGGUUCGCCACCGGACUACAAGACCACCACAGAGAAGGAGUACAAGACGACCACCGAGCCCACGACGACCACCGAAGAGCCAACCACGACCACCACCGAAGAGCCCACCACGACCACCACCGAGGAGCCCACGACGACCACCGAAGAGCCCACCACGACAGAGAAGGAGUACAAGACCACGACCGAGGAAGAAGACACCACGACACCCGUGUAUCCUCCCAAGAAAGACGACGAUGACGACAAUGACGACAAGAAGGAUGACAAGGACAGUCGCCGGCGCCGACGGCCCCGCGAUGGUCGCCGCCGCAAGGAUGACGAUGGCAAGAAGGAUGACGACAAGGAUGGUCGCCGUGGCCGCAAGGACGACGACAAGGAUGGUCGCCGUGGCCGCAAGGAUGACGAUGGCAAGAAGGACGACGACAAGGAUGGUCGCCGUGGCCGCAAGGAUGACGAUGGCAAGAAGGAUGAUGACAAGGAUGGAGGUCGCCGCCGCCGCAAGGAUGACGAUGGCAAGAAGGAUGACGACAAGGAUGGAGGUCGUCGCAGCCGCAAGGAUGACGAUGGCAAGAAGGACGACGAUAAGGAUGGUCGCCGUGGCCGCAAGGAUGACGAUGGCAAGAAGGAUGAUGACAAGGAUGGUCGUCGUAGCCGCAAGGAUGACGAUGGAAAAAAGGAUGACGACAAGGAUGGUCGUCGCAGCCGCAAGGAUGACGAUGGCAAGAAGGACGACGACAAGGAUGGUCGCCGUGGCCGCAAGGAUGACGAUGGCAAGAAGGAUGACGACAAGGAUGGUGGUCGCCGCCGCCGCAAGGAUGACGAUGGAAAGAAGGACGACGACAAGGAUGGUGGUCGCCGCCGCCGCAAGGAUGACGAUGGCAAGAAGGAUGACGACAAGGAUGGUGGUCGCCGCCGCCGCAAGGAUGACGAUGGCAAGAAGGAUGACGACAAGGAUGGUGGUCGCCGCCGCCGCAAGGAUGACGAUGGCAAGAAGGAUGACGACAAGGAUGGUGGUCGCCGCCGCCGCAAGGAUGACGAUGGCAAGAAGGAUGAUGACAAGGAUGGUGGUCGCCGCCGCCGCAAGGAUGACGAUGGCAAGAAGGAUGACGACAAGGAUGGAGGUCGCCGCCGCCGCAAGGAUGACGAUGGCAAGAAGGAUGACGACAAGGACGGGGGUCGCCGCCGCCGCAAGGAUGACGAUGGUCAUCCCUAUCCUCGCCGUCGGUAG